ACUGCAGAAAGAGGAGACUGGCAAAGAGAUCGGAAGUUUAAUUAUGGUAACCAACAGUGGGGGCCAGAUAGGCAUCACCAGUAUGAUCAGCAGAGAGAUCAGCGAUACAAAGACUAUCAUUAUGAUGAUCGUCGACCUCAUGGUGAUCCACGUAGGAAUUCUGCCAACUACAGACCAAACAGUGCCCCACGGAAGAGGUUGUAUGAACAGUAUGGUGGUGAUAGAGAUCCCAGACAUAGAGACUAUUUUGACAGGCACCAUCAUGAUCCAAAACGACGAAGAUCAGAUGAGUUCCGCUCUCAAGGUUAUCACCAGGGAGGCAGUCACCAACAGGACUUCAGAAGGAUGCCUGACCACAGAGCUGGUAUGGGCUACCAUGGGCAGGGACCUUCGGACCACUACCGGCCUUUCCACACAGACAAGUCUUGUGAAUACAAAACACUUCCUGUUGGGGCAGAUCCCCGGUCACCCACACUACAGAAGUCACCCCAUGAUUCCUUGUCACCACUUGAUCACAGGUCAUUGGAACAGAAAGGUACCCCAGACUAUAACUGGAAUAUCCGAAAAACAUGAAAAACAUGUUGCUUGAGGGUGUCUCUUGAUUUUUUUUUUCUUAAUAUAUAUUAAUGGUUUCGACUUAAUUCUGGCUCAGGCGGGCAACCACUGCUUGGUUUAUGGCUGCUAAAUCCUUGUUUGUGAAAAGACUUGGAGGAACUUUCCCAUUGCAGCUGGUUGUCACUGUAUGUAUAAAUAUAUAUAAAUAAAUAAAUAAAAUAUAUAUAUUUUUGCCAGGCAAGACUGGACAGAUUAAAGGAACCCAUGAUGCACAUUUGAAAAUUCUCAUGUUGUUCCUUAAAAAAAUAAGGAAUAAGAUAAAAAACACGAACUUCUACACCUUCCGAUAUAUUUUUUGUAUGUACAUCAUCGGCAACAAUUCACUUUGACAGAAUUGUAAAACUGAGCCUAAUCCCAAAGUCUGUAAACUUCUUUCAAAGUUGCAACAGCACUGUCAUGUGAAAUUGAUGCUCAUAGUAAACAGAGUCGUAGGCCGAAUGUCUGAAAUGAAGUAGAUCAUUUAAAACAGCCUGAAGUUAAAUUGGAGUGGCAAUGUCUGUUCUGAACAGUUUUGAGGCACUGUUUUAGUGUGUCAGGGAGUUCAGUUUCUUUUCUGUUUUAGUAGUUUAAGCGCACGUUUAUUUCUGCUAGUAUUAAUAUACAUCUUUUGUGGCACAAGUUUAAGGAAUAUCAGCUUUAUAUUUGUCUGGACUCUAAGGUAGUUGUCCUAUAUAAAUUGUUGCUGAGAGGAAAGUAACAAUGAUUAAGCUAUUUGAAAUGUUUUAAUUUAUACAACAAUUGUGAAACAUUUCAUCUGUAAACUUUGCACUUUGAGAAUAACAUAGUGUGGUAACAUCUGGGCUGCCUGGUUGUCUGGCAUACCUGAUGCCUGUUCAUAUAUAAGAAUUUGUGCCAUUUUUGGGAGAUUUGUACACAAUCAUAGCACUAAUAUUACAAAAUAUACAAGUUUUCAGCAGGUGAGGUCUAAGCAAGACAAUCUCUUGGAUAAAUUAUUAAAGGGGAUGUACUGGACAGUCAGUUUGGGAUUAAUGUUUGGAAUAUUCUAGGUUUCCAUGAGAAAGUCUAAAAUCUAAUCUAUCUUUCUGUUCUCAUUACUAGUGGUUGAUGUUUCUAAGCCAUGACAGAAGUUUCCUGUCAGUUUGUUGUCUUCUUCAGGUAGCAAGAGAUGAGUGAAGUAAUUGUAGAUGAGAACACAUUAAUGAUCGCUGAAUAUUUGACAGCCAUUUUCUUUUUGUUUCUAAAAUUGUUUUUCACGAGUACAUACUACUAGUUUUAAGUAGUUUAAUACCCAGAAAAUUUCUAUAUUAGUUUAAUCACGAGAAUUUCAGAAGGUCCCCCACAUAUUUUGCAGUCUUCAGGUCAGAAGCCUUUUAGAAACUUUUCUCUGUUAACCUAAGUGUUGGUCAGCAGGUGGUUUUCUUUACAUGAAUGCAGGAGAAGGCCAAUCUAAACACAGGCUUUCUAAUUUUUUUCCCCAUGAAUCCUGCAUAAAUUUAAGUAAAAUUUGUUUCUGUAAAAAAUUAAUGAAUAAGUAAAUGCUAUUUUUGUGGGAAAUUGAUAAAAUAAUUUGCUGCUGUUUCUAGUUGAAUGUAGCCCAGGCAGGUGCCUGUGUGGGGAAAAGUUGAAAUCAAGUCAGAGAAUUUUUUUUUAUUUUUUCUUUAAGACAAGUUAUGAAUUUCAGCAGUUAUCAGGGAGGCAGGAUUUUACUUGUUUUUUCCUAAGUAAAUUCAUUGAAAUGAAGACCCUUAAGUUAAUGAGGAGCAAUGCAGACACUGAAAAUUGCACCUUUAAGUGUAGUAUUAAUAUAUAUAAUGAGUUAUACGUUUUUCCCUCCACAUUUAUAUAUCCCCACUUUCACAUGCUUUAGUGUUUUUAAAUUUGAUAUUAAGAUACCCUGAUGCAAUUGUAAACAGUUGCAAGAUUUACUUUGUAGUGGUGUUAAAGCUUUUUUUCACGUAUCACUGUAGCUGCCUUUGGAAAUGUGUAAAUUGCUUUAAGUGACUGAAAGGGAUAAAGAUAGACUGAGCCAGUUUGAUAGAGAUUAAGUGAUCUCUGCAGGGAUUUGCAACUAUUGUAGAGAACAAAAGACCUAAAAGGAAAGAGAGAAUUUGGAUUUAUAUGCCACCUUUCUUACAGACUGCAUUCGCAAGAGCCUUUUGUAACAGAGGGUGGAAGGUGUCGCUCUCUGUGAGAAAGGCAAUUCAGCAAGCAAGACAAAUCAGUGUGACUAAGCAUCAAAGUUUGAGCAUUCACAUGCCCAUUCAGGCCAUGCCUCACUGUUGCUGUUUACCUGCUCAAUAGUCCUUGGAACUGUGCUGCUGUGGUGUAAUAGUGCUCAUUUUUAGUACAAGUUAUAACAUUGAAAUGUGAAACUACAGUCUUCUGCACACUCUUGUCAGAAAAUGGUGUGAAUGCAAGAGUACUCAGUCAUGAGAUGUAAGUUUAACAACACAGCAUUUAUAUCCUUUUAGCUGACAUUGCAGUAAGUGAUUAAAGCCUCUUCAAAUGACAGCUUCAUAAAUGAAGUAGUAAACUUUAAAUUAUUUUGAGUUGUAUAAAAUGUUAUCUGUGGCAGUUGCACGGAAAUUUACUGACAAAUAGCUUAAGUUGUAAAACAGUAUUCAUUGUGUUAUUUAUUCAUGGCAGUGCAUUAGAUAAACUGUUCAGUACUUUAUUGGUGGGGGAAUCCUUAAAUGGACCUUUUCAUUUUCAAACCUGGUGCUGUAGUUGGACACAGUAGUAGAAAACAGCUACAAUGAACUGUGUCACCACACUAGGUAUCCUAUGCGUCUCUGGUUGCAGCUGAAAUUGACAGCUUCUAUAUUGCAUUAGAUUGUAAGUAAAUAUGUGGUUAAUAUCUGAUUACUGUGACCCCAGGGAGUGUUGCCUUAUGGUUCAAGACCCACCCUCUUAACUAACUUGGAAAAGUUUCUCAACUUUCUGGGUGUAAUGUCUUUUUCAUUUUAUAUUUUAAGGUGCUGAACUGCUACCCAUUUUACCUACUGUCACACAUUCCUGCUGAUGCACUAUGCCACUUGAUUUUUCUGUUGAUUUCAGCUAAGUGUGGCUUACAUAGCACUUUGUAUUAACGUAAACAUUAAGUGUUAUGUGAAAAAACAUACCUACUUCUCAAGCAGUGGUUGAUGCACUUUGUCCUAGAAACAAGUAUGCUUUACAAAAAAGCUGGGAAACAUCUUUGAAGAAAGUGAUAUAUUUGCUUGCUCAUGCUGCUAGCCAUGAACAUUCUUAGCAGCAGUUCUCGUAAUUAAAAGUUUCCUCAUUUUUUUUUUUAUAAUGGUGUGAUAAAGAAAAGUGGUUAUUAGUUGUGCAUGUGUAGAACAUAUGUGUAAAGUUUGCUCAGAAUUUGGAGAUCUGAUUUCUUGUUGGGAGAUUGAUAACUUGUUACUUUAGGUAGAGCUCUUGAACACCUGGCUGAAAAUUUGCCUAAGUAAAUGUGGGAGGUUUUGUAAGUAGUAUUUGUCAGUACUUUAUAACAUGCCAGAAAUGAUAACCAAGUCAGCUUUGCAGAAUUUGUUGACAGCAGUGAAACUUCAGAGACUAGGAUUUAUGCAUAAUACUAGUAGUAGUAGUAUUUUUCUCCCAUUUAUCAUUGAAUUUUGGCUAAUCCUAAACAAAGCUGUGUUAACUGUCUUAACCUUUUUAUUGAUAUUGGUAUGUUUCCUGUACCUCAAAUUGUAUAUUAACCAACUGUCACAUCAUUGUGGAAGCUAGAGGCACUUAAGCAGAUUUUGUUUCAAGCAAUAGUUCUUAUCAGCCAUCUUAAGUGGCUAUUGAUACAUGUUGAGUAUUUAUUCUCUGAAGUAAUAUGUAAUGUUUGUACGUUGACCAUAAUAGGGAAUAGGGAACUACCGAAGUAACAUUAAUGAAGUCCUGCUCUUCCUGGGUACUUAACUGUUGAGAGGUGUAUCCUAUACAGAAGUGCCUGUUGACCCAUGUAGACAGCUGCUUAAGCAUAGUUUUUGAGUAAACUGUAGUGGCUUGUACUGUUCCACAUUUAAUCUGUGACCUUCUGCAUCAGUGACUUAACACAUUAUAAUACCAUAAGCAUUGCACUUCAUAUGUUGUGUAUGAUAAAUAGCAAAAACUCUUACAAGUCUUUUAAAGCAGCAAGCCUUGCCUUGUGUCACAUAAUGUAUAUGCAGCACUUUUUUAUGCUGUUAAUUUCAUGUUGCACUCAGCUGUUGUUUUGUAAGAAAGGCAGAACUGGACCGUCUGAAAUCCUUUGAUCCCUUGUGAUAUGAGGUGUUAGUUGAAUAAGGAAACGUGUUUAAAGUAAUUUGUCCACUAAUCAAACCAUUAAAAUCUUUGUGCAUACUUGAAUGAAGGAGAACUAUUUUUGAAAAGACCUUUUUUUCUCAUUAUGUUUUUUCAUAUUGGCCUUCUUUGUACAGAUGGUAUUGCAGUGUUCAAGUUUUAAGGCGUAUGACUGAUAUAUCUGAGUUCAGGCUGUUUGCACUUCUAGAGGGCAUCAUUACGUCCGAGUGAAAAUGUUACCUUCAUUUGUACAAAAUGUUUUCUAUCUUGUAUAUUUAUGUGCCAUAUGAUGUAACAAAUGAUGUAACUAACCAGUCCCAGUGUUAAAAAGUAACUACAGUGCUGUAUCAGGUUUUUGGAACAGACAAUACAGGCUAAGCAAGUACUGGUAACUGACCGAAGAAUUUUGCCAUUAACUUAAAAAUUUGAUGUCAUAGAGAUUGCUGCACUUUCUUUCCAAGCUUAUUGUUUGUGCCUGCAAUUUAUUGUUUUUCUUGUUAGUCAUUGUAGCGUUUUUUUUGGCAUUUGCUUUUUUUGGGUUAUAAAAUGGUAUGCAGUUCCCCUGUCCUCAAAAUGAAAUGGAUGUUCACCGUACUUUUCACAACUGACCAGGUGAAUAAAUGUUUAGUGUUUCCUUUUUUUUUUAAGCUUUCACUGGUAGCCAGUUGUGAAAAAAGGUUGCCAGGGGGAGUGGGUCAUCACUUUUAACUGUAUCUUGUUCAUUUCUUGAUUAGUUUAUCUGAUUUGUUAACAGUGUCAAUGGUCCAAUGUUUGAAAAUGUACUCGUAGAGGUGUUCGUUUUAUUUGGCUACCGUGCUCAUAAUGAAGAAUUAUUGCUGGUCUGUUCGGUUUGGAAGCUGUAUUAACAGUCUAGCUUUUAAGACUUCAAGAUGCAUUCAUACCUACCUCUGUGAAUAGCUAAGCACAUUAACGCGCUGUUUCACAGCAGGUUACAGAACACAACAGUAUAAGGAUGAAAACUGUUUUUGGUUUGAAACACAUUCCUUAUCUUGAACUUAAAAGUAAAAUUGUCUCUUUUUUUAUGUACAUCGUCUUAAGGUCAUGCAUCUUUGAUGUGUUGUAGCAGCAAGCUAUACAUUCAUGCUCAUGGAAGUUGGAUACUGAACAGAGGUGGCACGAUGGAAACUGAAAAUAACUGCCCUUUUUGUUAGCUAAAAAUGUAAUUUUCUGUAAAACUAUGUGGACUUUUAAACUGUUAAUUAAAAUCAAAAAUAUUAAUUUAUAUUUGUGAAAAAUGCCACUGUCCUAGUGCUUUCAGAUGUAAAUAUAUUGUUUAUAUAGUAUGUAUUAAAUUUUCCUACAUUGUA